UGCAGUACGUAGCGGGUGUUUGGCCUCGCAUACGCGUACCUCUAUUGCGACGCUGAAUCAUGCAGCGGCAGUGUUUGAUCUCUGGGCUGAUGUGAUGUCACUCCGGGGGUUUCGCGAAAUCAAACGAUAAUUCCAGUGGUCAAAUUAUAAACGUCAGUACUUCAUUACGAUUUGAGAGAAGCAAACUGGUCCGGCUGGAAGUAACAGCAGCUGCUUAGGUUACUUUAGAAGCGGUCGGUCAACGCCGAAAGCGAUUCCUGCCGUGCAGCCAGCUCAUCGCACACGCUAAUCAAAUUCAAGCUUUGCUUCUGUUGCUGAUGGUGAGGUCGUGGGAUGGCACUGAUACUGGAUAGAGGCUUGUGUGGGUACUAGAAGUACCUGGCUAGAAAUCGAUACCACGUAUGCUGUCUCAAGCGUUAGAGCAUGGGAAACGGCGCAGCCAGUCGGAACUAAUGGAGCAUCUGGUACAAGAGUGACAGGUUGGCCCGAAACAGAUAGACAGGCGCUUUGCGAAUAGUCAUUGCUACUGGCAAUGUUCACUGGGAAGGCUCUUGACGCUGACAAUAACGGGAGGUGUCUGUGCAGCAACAGGAGCGUGGUAAUUCGACCAGCAUGAAGCCGCUUUUGCACCUAUCGACGCUCAUCGGCGCCGAUGAUGUUGGCCGACAUUGCCUGCUUGCUUACCUUUCUUCCCGCCAAUCUGCCAAACUGUGGGGCUACACUAGCUCUAGCGCGAGUAGUUGUAGUAAAAGUAGCUAAGCAGUCUUAUCAGUGCGCCGCGGACGCCAUUACAACGACGUACGGGACAACAGUUGAUUCAGCGUAAAAAGCGAUGCCAGUUCCUGUCUAUACUUCCUACUGCUGCUGCGGUUCUCUACCUACCUUUGAUCUAACAACGGUGAAAACAGCAGCAGAGGACGACGUCCAUGCGUGUUGUUCAGUGUCGCGAUUGCUACUGGAAAGAACUUGGAGUCGGUAACACUUUUGCGUCCCCAGUGUCACUUCAUCAGAUUUUUAUAUGGAUUUAUCAGUGGCCCUGCCGAUGGGAGAACCACCUAUUACUUUGUCACUGUAGCAAGAUGAAGAAAAAAAAGAAAGCAUGCGCUUUUAGAAGACAUAUCACUAUUAUAUGCAAAUAAUACGACCUUUUUCUUAAUGAAGAAAUACAUAGUCAGAAACAUUCUCCUUUAUUAUUUAGCGAGCACCUCGAGAUAAGGAAAUAAAAAACAGGAGACAAGUUAAAUACCGAUAGACAGUUGCUAUCAACCUGUCGUCUUGGUUACAAUUGUUGCUCUUCUGUAAGGGAAGACUGGCCAGUAUAACGGCAUGCUUCGUUGAGCUUUUAUUUUUUGUGGACAAUAUAUAAAUAUAGGUAGAAAACUAAUGCGAUUCUACAAGUAAGCGAAAUAUUAUCGUAAAAAUGAACAACAUACGUUCAUGAAACACUGGACAACCGUAGACCUUUUACGUGUAUUGCGUGAGCUAAUCGGUAUCGGUAGGACCCAUGAAGCUUGGAAAAUUGUGGAACGCACCAUAAUUGCCUAUUACGACGGGCCUAUUAGAGCCUGCAUGAUCAACUUUUAUUUUACACAGCACACUAGGACUUACAUUUGUAUUUUACAACGCCUGUGUUCAGGCUUUAGAAAUAUGGAGCCUAAAAUGUAUAGUCAUUUCCCCUAUAGCGUAUUGCAUUUCAAGCGUGUUACCGCAUUGUGACAACUAUAGACCUUGCCGUAUAUAUUCAAAAAAUAGAAAUGUCUGAAACUUAAGCAUGCAGUGGCAGCUGACUCAAGGUAGCAUUUGUACGUAUUCCUGUCGUUCGCAUUGCACAAUACAUUCACGCCACUAGAAUUUUAUUCUUUCAUGUCGUAACGUUCGUUGCCUAUAAACCUUCGGAUAGAUCUACAAUCUAUCCGAAGGCUUAUACAAUGGUCUAAUAACCGGAUGUUCUCAGUCCCCGUUUUACCUUCCAUACUAAAUCAUCAUGCUGAGGUUUUUAUUGCCACUCCAUACCGGCUGCAAUAAUGCUGACUGUCAGCUUACAGAUCCCCCCAGUGGUCUCUUUCCUUUUCAUAUGGCUUAGCAUCACUCCGUGAAAACGCUUCGAAUGUGUCUCCUGGAAGCCUUGGAGGGUGUCCAGCCGAGACGAAAAUAAAAGUGUUCCAGAACACAUCGAAGCCUUGUGGUUGCAAAGAUCACAGCAAUGGAAGUGAUAGCUGUGAACAAAUAAGGGCGCAGGCAGAAAAGGACGACGAUGUUGAAAUUUUUCGUUAUCUGUAGCAACGAAUCUCGUCAUUGAAUAAUUCCCACCAAGUGAUCGCUCCUCAUGGAGACGUUGUUUUAAAUAGCUAAACCUCUAUAGCCGCCCUUAUGAAAGAGCAGUAAGUUCACCUGUUGAGUCUAGGUCAGACUCAUUUCCUUCUAAAAUACUUAAGAGUAAUCGUUCCUUGCGACAAAUGCUCAUCGACGAUUCGUUGCUUUGCUCUAGAUAAAUUUGUGUUUAGAGUGCAAACGCAACUAUUCGUGUGCACGUGACAAAAUAAUGCAUGGGAACUGGUCCUGUUUGCACAUGCAUCGUACGCGUAAGAGUUGUAUGCACGCGAUGUGCGCAACACCGUAUGGCCUGUCAACCAUCGGACAUGACUAUGAUAGUACAUUCAGGUUUAUUUCGUCUAGACUGAGAUCAAGCGCCGUAAAAAUUCCAUUCACAGUGUUCUUAUUGUUACUGCUAUUGCUACAUGUGCUAUAUGAGGCACUAAGAGGUCUAAGAAAUUUUACGAUGACAUGUAGUUUUCACAAGGAAAAACUGAGCCAAGAACAAUAGAGAUUAUCACAAAAGUAAACGAGUCUUUAUAAAUAUAAAAAGCUCUCACAUUUUCUGAUUUGUUAUUUCGUUAUGUCUUAUGUAUGUGUGUAUCUGUGUAGACACUGUUGAAUGUUUGUAGAUUGUAUCCAGUUCUAUCAGUGUGCGUUACAACACACGAUGAAUCCGCAGAAUGCUUGUCAUCCCCGUGAUGACAUUUUGGGACCGCGUCAGAGCGCAAUUUUUAUCGCAGGCGAAGCUGAGGACGUGAUCGUCAAAACGGAGGGUUUAAGGGCUGUUGCAAAUAUGAUCCAUGGGGCAGUUUCUAACAAUGCUUUCAGCGUGGCAAACUGGAAGCAGCAUCCACUCAACCCAAAACAAGCAACCGAACAAGCAGUCGAAUGGAUUUUCGUUGUAGAUCUCCUUAACUUCUCGUUCUGGUCGACAGACUACCAAGUUGAGUACGGCGGAAAGAUCUAUCAUGGAUACUGGUCCCUUUGUGCUUCAGUAAACCGAGCGCUUGAGGAAAACAUACCAAUGAUUGAAGCUUCAUUUUAUUCAACCGUAAGCAAGGAACAACUGAAAAUGAUUUUUCGGUCAAACAACGGAAGCGAAAUACCUCUAUUUGACCAAAGGCUCGAAAUCCUCCACCAGGCUGGCGCCAUUCUGAAAGAGAAAUAUGCCGGCAAGUUCGUCAAUUGUAUUCGGGCAUGCAAGAGCGACGCGUUGGGCCUGCUUUCGCUAUUAGUAAAUGAAUUUCCCUCCUUCCGAGAUGAAGCAGUCUACAAGAGCAAGAAAGUGUCGUUUUAUAAACGUGCACAGAUUUUAGUGGCCGACCUUUGGGCCUGUUUUGAAGGCCAAUCGUUAGGAGAGUUCUACAACAUUGAUGAUAUAACCAUUUUCGCUGAUUAUAGGGUUCCUCAGGUGUUGGUGUACCUUGGAGCGAUUGAAUAUAGUCCUAAGUUGAUGGCUCGUCUUCAGGAAGACCAGUUGCUUGAAAAUGACAGCCGAGAAGUUUGCGAAAUUCGCGGAGUCACUAUCUAUGCUUGUGAGUUAGUUCGCGAUAUCCUCCAAAAGGAUUUUGACAGUUCCGUGAAUUCCAUCCUUGUGGACUUCUUUCUCUGGGACUAUAGGAGGGACAAUGCUGAAGAAAUCGAGUCCAAAGGCAUCCCGUUUCACCGUGUAAGGUGCAUCUAUUAUUAAGAAUAGGAUCUGUCACAAAAAACGUAAAUGCCACUGAAGCUUGGUGCAAACUGUCUCCUAUUAAAACAAAUACAUACUUUUUCAUCUAGAGGAACAGCCAAUGCUGGAUUACUGGACUGUUUUUCUUAAGUAAGCGAAAUAAAUGUUUCAGUGUGUGCUACAAGUAGA